ACACCUCUUUGCCUGCUGAGGGCAGUGAAGAGCUGAUUCCAGUUUCACUUUAAAGCAACCUGCGUGCUGGUGUCAUUGCUGCUCUCCGACGAUGGCUUUGACCCGGUUCGAGCGGUUCUUAGGCCGCCUGCUUCGGGCUGUAGUGUGGGUGCUGUUCGCUCUUUUUAAGCUAUUUGCACCUCAGCAGCGACAUGGCGGAGUUUCCAGACUUCCUUCAAUCACAAACCCACUUCUGCUGCUCCCAGCGAUGCAGCUUGCCCGAAAGAUCCGUCGGAAGGAAGUAACAAGUGUUGAAGUGGUCCAGGCCUACAUUGACCGCAUUCAGGAAGUCAACCCACUUAUCAAUGCUAUGGUUAAGGACAGGUUUUCGGCAGCCCUUCAAGAAGCUGCACAGGUGGAUAAACUAAUAGAGGAGGAGACAGGAGGAGAGGACGUAUUGGAGGACAGACUACCUCUGCUUGGAGUGCCCAUCACCGUUAAAGAGGCCUUUGCCCUGCAGGGGAUGCCAAACUCGACAGGUUUGAUGACCAGAAAGGAUCUAGUUUCAGGGAUAGAUGCCCCAUCUGUUGCUCUAUUGAAGAGGGCAGGAGCAAUUCCGCUGGGCGUGACCAACUGCAGUGAGCUCUGUAUGUGGUUAGAGUCUCACAACCACCUCUAUGGCAUCACUAAUAACCCCUACAACCUGGAAAGAAUUGCUGGCGGCAGCUCAGGAGGUGAAGGCAGUAUUUUAGGUGCUGGUGCCUCAGUUAUUGGAAUUGGCUCAGAUAUCGGUGGUAGUAUCCGUAUCCCCUGCUUUUUCAAUGGCAUCUUUGGACACAAGCCAUCAGUAGGUAUUGUAAGCAAUGAUGGUCAGUAUCCUCCAGCCUCUGGACUACAGAGUGGAUUUCUGACAACCGGACCUAUGUGCCGCUAUGCAGAAGAUUUAAUUCCCAUGCUAAGCAUUAUGGGAGGACCCAACGCACAAAAAUUGUCUCUUUCUGCUGAAGUAGAUUUAAAGAAGCUGAAGUUCUACUCUGUUCCCCACAAUGGAGGUUCUCCCUUGGUCUCCCCAGUGGAUGUUGAACUGCUUCAGGCACAGAAGAGGGUGGUUAAACGUAUAGAGGCAGACCUCGGUGUCAAAGUUCAAGAGCUGUUCAUCCCUCAGCUCAAGUACUCGUUUCAGAUCUGGGGAACUAUGAUGUCCUCACCUGGCAAGGAUGGAAAACUUCCCACCACCUUUGCAGAGCUAUUGAGUGAAGGUGGAAAGAAGGUGUGGCCAAUCUGGGAGCUGUUCAAGUGGUGCUUGGGUUUUUCUUCUCACACCUUGCCAGCGAUAGGUCUUGCUUCAUUUGAGAUGUUUCAGAGUUCCCAUCCAUCUCCAUUCAUUCUGCAACAGAAGGACAACCUGCAGCAGGAGCUGGAGAAGUUACUAGGCACAGACGGUGUACUGUUAUACCCUCCUCACCCACACAUUGCCCCUACACACCACUACCCUAUCUUCACGCCCUUCAACUUCUCCUACACUGGUAUCUUUAAUAUUCUGGGUCUGCCAGUGACCCAGUGUCCAUUGGGCCUUAGCUCAGAGGGUUUGCCCUUGGGUGUACAAAUUGUGGCUGGAAAAUUACAGGACCGUCUCUGUUUGGCCACAGCCCUCUACCUGGAGAAAGCUUUUGGAGGCUGGAAGGACCCAGGCAAGACAACAGGCAAACCUUGAUCCGAAUCAUGCAAUCACAGUAUGUCACAGCAGGAAUCCAUUAUCAACAACACAUACUGUACCGCAUUCAGCAUGUCUGAACAUCUAAAGUUUAGUUACAGUUGUUCUGCUUCAUGGGUGCAAAAUGCAUUUUACAAUAACCAACAAGUUUUAGAGGGCUGUAUUUGUUCUUAUGUCAUUUAAAACCUUAGUAUUAUUUGUCAUUUGGGGAACAAGGGUUAGCUGAAUGUAUAAUAGAUCCAUACUUUCUAAGAUAAUCACAUAAAGGAUUAAUUGUUGCUGAUUGUUGUAUAUUUACAUGAGAAAAUUAAUUUCACUAUGUUAAUUCAUAAUUUUGUAAACAACAUUUACUUUCAUGCACAAAAACGUUUGAUUUAAAAUUUGAACAGUGUAUUUGUUUCAGAUGUUUUAAAAGGAUGCUGCUUUUAAAGAAUGUAAGAAUUAUUUUCCAUAGUUACACUUCUGCUGUAUGUUGUAAUAGCAGGAGAAAGAUUUGUACUGUAUUAUUUGAAAAGAAAAAAGCUAUUUUAAUAACCUGGGGCAUUGUAAAUGUUGGAUACUGACUUCUUUUUUUUCUGAUAAUUUAUAAUUGCAUUUAUUGUGCUUGUGUUUUGUGAGCGGUUAAAAGUUCCUCAUUUACAAAGCAUUGAUAAGAAGUGUGGUGGUCUGUCAUUUGGAAUUUGUGAUGUGCUAAUUUAUGUGUUAUGCAUAAAAUAAAUAGUCAACAGUAAA